GGAAGAGAAUUAACCCACAAUGGAGCAAGAAGAACCUCAAAAUAAACUCAGAGGCCAGCAUUCCCAGAUGAUCUCUUGGGCCAUUGCUGUUUUUUACAUCUCAGUUCUCAGUGCUUGUUUUAUUGCAAACUGUUUGGUAACUCAUCACAACAUUCUACGCUGCAGGAGAGAAGCAAGAGUGUUCAAGUUACCAGAGUACCACAUGAAGCUGACAUGCACCAGAGAGAAAUCAAAAUUGAAAGGGACCACCUGGAAUUGUUGUCCUUUUGGCUGGAGAGCAUUCCAGUCCAACUGCUAUUUUCCUCUUAAUGACAACAAGACAUGGGUUAAGAGCGAAAGGAACUGCAUGAGGAUGGGGGCUCAUCUGGCCACCAUCAGCACAGAAGCUGAGCUGAACUUUAUUACUCAAUUUUUGGAGAGACGAUUUUCAUAUUUCCUGGGACUUAGAGAUGAGAAUCAUGGAGGCCGAUCCUUGGUGAACAAGACAGCAUUUAACCCACGUAAUUUAUUAUGGCAUGAGGGUGAACCCAAAAAUCAGGAAGAAAAUUGUAUUGUCCUUGUUAAUGUCCAAGACAAAUGGACAUGGAAUGAUUCUCCUUGUAACUUUGAGACAAAAAGUAUUUGUAAAUUACCUGGAACAGCAUUCAACUAGAAACCUCCAAAGAAGUCCUUGUGAUGGGGACAGAAAAGAAGAACCAAUUAGACUAGGGAAGAAUGUACCUGCACCAUUGGAACAGAGAAAACCUGCUGAGAAAAUAGAAAAAUUUUAGUUAUGAUGGCCUUAUUUAUUUUUGUUCUAUUCAUUCAAGAUACUAUGUUUUUGUGUGGUAUGGUGGCAGGAGUCAUCUUUUCUGUGAGAAUUCAUUUUCAUUAACGUUGCUUUCUUGAUAG